AUGAAGGAGUCUAUGGAGGGAGCCUGGACUGCAACACAAGUGCGAGCAAUGGCAGCCACGGGUCUCGCAUCUUCUCAUCUGCAGCCAUUUGUCCGACUUCUUUACAAUGAUCCGAGGCGAGUGAGUGGAGACAGAAGGAGGUCACGAACCAUUUUAGUGGAAAGUCGAGAUACAGACGACGUGGUCUGCCGCCGACAACGUGAACGGAACGGGAAGUACACUGUGGUUUGGAAGGACGUUGGUGAUUGCGAAGCGUUUAAUGUCCAUUCGGUGGUGGACUGGGUCGAAUUGCAGUUGUGGAAUCACUUUGACAAUGGCUUUGACGUUUUCCUGGGUAAAGCUUCAGUAUCAUUGCACCAGCUACACGAGCAAGCUAUGGCGAAUGAGAACAAGUCGCGGGAUGCGUUGAGUACAGGUGCCUUGUGGUUCCCACUUCAAACUUCUGAAACAAACGGACUGGCGUCACGUUUAAGUCUUGAGAUUGAAUGUGUCUUCACUUUAGAUCCCAAAGUCCUUCACAUUCGUGAGGCAAUCAGCAAGAACAGAGAGAAUGCGAGUGCUAAAGCGAGUGACGAGGAUAAUGGCUUGAGUAUUGUCGACCCUGCGUUCGCGUUCACGCAGCCAUUUCUCCCUGUGGACUGGGCGUCGAUAGCAUCUACAAGCGUCAGACAUCUCUUCUUUCAUUCAGAUAUUGAGCGUCUUGCCAAUUUUCGAGAGCUCGUGCUGUACGGUGACCUCGAAAAAGAACUGGACGAAGAUGAAGGUCUACAAAUCCACAACGACCACCUCACAGCGUUCAACUUGUGUCAGUUCUCGGCACAAUAUCUUGACCAUUGUGUGGAGACGUUAUCCCAGCGGCUAGAAGGGUAUAGCGAUGACUAUCGUGCCCUGGUCGAUACCAAAGCACGAUUGACGAGGAAAAACAAAGCAUUGAAAGCUCAGCGAAAACGCUUGCAGAAGGAGCAUGACGACUUGGAUCUUCUAAUCACGACGUACCAGCGUGUCCUGGAGAAGAACGGAGACACAAAAGUACCCAGUGAUCCGCUGAGUCAGCCCAACUCACCUUGUGCUAAGUCUCCACCAGUAAGUCCACCGCUUUCCCCCACAGGAUCAAUCUCGGCAAAGAAACCAGUUUUCCUCAAAACGUGGGAAGAACGGGAGCGCGAACGUCGAAUGGAAAAGGAGAUUUCCAAAGCGCAGCGUAUCGAGGAAGAGAAGCAACGAAUCAUCCAGCGCGUCUUGGAACGACAACAACGAGAGGAAUACGACGCUCUCUUCUCGAAAUUCACGGAGAAUCGGAAGCAGCGUGCAGCACAACGGAUCCAAGCGUUCUUCCGCGAUAUCAGAAGUGCCCUUGAUGCUCGACAACAGGCAGCGGAGAAUCGUGGGGCAACGUGUAUUCAGGCUGCGUGGAAGCGGUUUGUACACUUGAAGGAGUAUCCACGUCGGCUUGAAGCUCGGAAACAGGAGGUCGAAAUGCUGCUGAUGGUACAGAGCGAGCGGGAGAUGCGACAGUGGAUGGAUGACAUGGAGAAGAAACGUGAAGAAGAUGCAGCACGUGCCAUGUCGCCUCCGGAGUCCAUUAAAAGCAACGAGGCAGAUGAUGACCUCUCACCAUCCGCAUCGCCUUCGAAGCAGGUCGUCGAUGCACUUGUAGCCACUUGGCGUAAACUCCAUCGCGUGUUUGUACUGGCGCAUCAAUCCAAGGGUAUCGACUACCAAGCACUCUUUGAUGAGAUCGAUCUCCAGAAAGACGAUGUAAUCGAUCGCGCUGAGUUGAGACUUGGUGCUCGAAGCUUCGGGGUGCGACUUGACCGUAAAAUCACCCGAGCACUAAUCACGUUAAUCCGGACAAAAUGCGGGGUACCAUCAAAGCCUCUUCUCAUGACGUUCGACCAGUUCAUGACAGGGUUCGAGUUGAUGACUCAGAUUGAGGCGUCGCCUGGUAAUCUCUACACUUCGAACCUUGAGCACUCCGUUGCUGACAACAUCGAAGAAAUCAAGCUGAACGACGUAGCUGAGGGGAAUCCAAUCAACGACGCGAGCCAAGACAAAGAAGAAGACUUGGUCAUGGCUGUUCGGGCGUUUAGAGCAGCAGUUUACGAUUCAGCAACAAGAUUCUUGGCAGCGCAGGGUAAGCCUCCAACCGACUACAAGGCAUUCCGAGAUGCUCUGGCGCACGUAUUCUCUCGAUUCGACGCGGAUAGGAAUGGACAACUUGACGUGGACGAGCUAGUAGCGUGCAUGUCAUCCUUCAAUCUUCAACUCAGCAACGAGAAGAUCUCAUUGUUGCGCGAAUUGUUUGUUGGGGAUCGUGACAGUGAUAAAGUGGGAGUCGCCGAGUUCAUUUCCUUUGUGUUAGCACACUCGUCGUCAUCUGACGAAGACGAACUUGGUCUUCUGGGACAUCGAAUUCGAGAAACGAUCAUGAUCCGCGUUCGAGAAGCUCAAGCUCAGACUGAAAGUGUCGAAGCAGCUGUCCGUCUUGUAUUUGGAGCAGCGUACAAGCGUCAGGAUCAGCAGAAAAGCUCAAUUCGUGACUUCAUGCGUGCUAUGAACCGACUGCGCCUUGGUGUCACACCUGCUCAGCUUGCUCGCCUAGUUGUUCGACUGGAUCGUGACGGGGAUCGGUCGAUAUCAUUCGACGAACUGCUCAUUUGGCUGAGAAUACGCUCUAAACCAACUCUUGAUGACGACAUACUGGCCUACUCCGAGCGGUCAACGGGUCUCCAGUUAGCGAUAGAAAAGGCUAAGGAAGUUCGAGUUCUACUGGACAAGCUCGCUUCUCUUGCAUCACCGACGGCCGAGAGCAAGACGUCCAACUUGACGGCUUUGUUCUACCAGAUCGACCGCAAUAAUAGCGGCAAAAUCAACCAAGAGGAGCUGCAAAUGUUCCUCCGUAGUCAAGACCUCUUGUCUAUCGUCGGAGAGGAGGUUCUGACCCAAUUGUGUGGUCUUCCAACCAUGCCACAGCAUCCUGCUGCUGUUGUUGCGCAAGAGAUGAUGAUUCUUCUGGACUUGAACGCCAAUGGUGUCACGACGCUGAAAGAAUGGCUGACAUUUGCCCAGCAUGACAUCGCCCAAGGUGUCGAUGACCCCGUGGUGAUCGAUGCUAUGCGUAAGACCCUACGGGAAUCGGAAAACAAUGACCCGGAGCGCCUGGUACUCUGGUUCAGUGAAUUACCUGGCGCUCUUCAAGCUGCUACCACUCGCCAAGGAGAACCAGCCCAGAUGAAAAUACGCGUGGCUGAGUUUAAGACCGCGAUGCGUGCGAAGUUGGGCGGUGCGCGUUCAAUCUCCCUGCAGACGCUUGAUCGGGUCGUGGGGAGUCUUGACAAAGACAGCAGCGGGUGGGUCACGACCAGCGAAUUGUGCGCGUGGGCAUUUCCGUCUCGAGAUCUUGAAGAGCUUCUUCGUCUUGUAAUCAAAUGCUGGCAAGGUGAACACCAGCAGUCCAGUAGGAGAGACUUGGCUACCAACUUGUUCGCGCGCUUUGAUGUGGAUGGCAAUGGAACUCUAGCGGUGCGUGAGUUACGUCAAGGGUUUGAGACGUUCGGAUUGGUCUUAUCCGAAUACGAGACGCAGGUUUUGCUGAUUGCCUUCGACUUGGAUGGAGAUGGCUGCUGGGGCAAAUCGGACUUCCUCACGUUCGUCAACAAACUGUUGCCUAUAGAAUCAGCCGACGAUCCAGCUCAACACACAGUAGAAACGUCAGAUAGCCCGUCAGCACACGAAUCUCCCCGCAAUGGCGAUAACAUCCCAGCUGAUGGAGCGUACAGAGAAGGCGAUCAGCUGCUCGAACCGGAGUCGUCAAACGGCCUAUCAUCAGCGUAUUCAGACGAGGGAGAAGAUAGUGUGCGCCCCAUUGACUACAGCGAAGACUUUGCUGAAGACUAG